AUUCGAUUAGAUUGUGAUUGACAUAGGACAUUCAUAUUUUCUUGCCAACGAAAUGGAUAUUUUAACAAUUUGUUAAUUUCGUUUAUAUAAGAUUAUUUAAUUGUCGAACAUUGUUUAAGUGAUAUUAACAAGUUAAUUAUUAAAAACUGGUAUAAACCAAAAUAUGCAAUAAGAGCUUAGUGUUAAAAAUUUAGACAUUGGUGUAUGUUCCUCUAGUUGGAGAGAAUUUUAUAUGAAAUAACUCAUAAGCAUCAAAUACAAAGUAUUCUAGUGAUUAAAUACAAAAAAGAAGUACCAAAUAAAAAUAAUGUCGACUUCUGGAGAUUUUGGAAAUCCACUUCGCAAAUUCAAACUAGUCUUUCUAGGUGAACAAAGCGUUGGUAAAACCUCUCUUAUAACAAGAUUUAUGUAUGACAGCUUUGACAACACCUACCAAGCAACAAUUGGCAUAGAUUUUCUUUCAAAGACAAUGUACCUAGAAGACAGAACAGUAAGGCUGCAACUAUGGGACACUGCUGGACAAGAAAGAUUCAGAUCGUUGAUUCCUUCUUACAUAAGAGACUCAACUGUAGCUGUAGUGGUCUAUGACAUUACUAAUGCCAAUUCAUUUCAUCAAACUUCAAAAUGGAUUGAUGAUGUUAGAACAGAGAGAGGUAGUGACGUCAUUAUAAUGCUUGUUGGUAAUAAAACUGAUUUAUCUGAUAAACGACAAGUUAAUAGUGAAGAAGGAGAGCGGAAAGCAAAAGAAUUAAAUGUAAUGUUCAUAGAAACUAGUGCAAAAGCAGGCUACAAUGUUAAACAACUUUUUAGAAGGGUUGCUGCCGCUUUACCAGGUAUGGAUUCAACAGAAAAUAAACCACCAGAAGAUAUGCAAGAAGUUGUACUGAAAGAUACUCCCAGUGAACUUAAAGAUCCUGAUGGUGGAUGUGCAUGUUGAAUAUGUUAUAUACAUUCGUAUAUCAGAAUCAAAUUAUCCACUUUUGUGCUUGAUUGCCUAGUUACUGACACUGACAUUCAAGUGACAUCUUCAAGCAAUGAUAACAUACUGCUCUUGAUGUGGCUUGUCUCAUUUCACAGAAUUUGUUGAAUUUUUACGUAAAUUUUUAUUUCCAAAAAUAUCUGAUGCCAAUACUCUGGUAUGGCUUUCAAACAAUUUCAAAAUAUUUUUUUUAAAUCUUCUCUCCUUUGUUUUAUACUGAGAGAGAUCAGAUAUUUUUGGUGAACAAUCAAAGGCAUUAGUACACAAUAUAGAUUUGUGUACAUUCAAUAAUUGCAGAUUAUUAUAAUGGAAAAAAUUCUUCAAUGCCCUUUUCAAUACACAACUCCCUUGAAGUGAUCUAAGCGAUUUUGUUCCUUUGGCCGUUCUCGUAGUUUUAAUUUAAUCAUAAAGGUCAAUUCAGAGUAUUUCUGAGAUUGGAAAUAAUCUAUUUUGUGACAAAAAAUCUGUUUCUUUUGUAUUCCACUACAGUUUCAACAGAUUUGUUCCAACCCAUCAAAAAACUUUCAUUGGUACAGUGACACUUCUGCACAAUAGAGAUUAAAUGCUCCAACGGUUCUGUUUUGUGUUCCAACCGACAUAGCCGGAGAUUGCACAGAAAAUAUCAUUUAUUCCAAUAACCGUUCCAAGAACGGUCCAGACUAGUAGGUUGGAACAAACCUAACAUCUAAGAGAUUUUUGAUAAAACUUCUUCUAAUCUCAGAAUUUUGACAACUUUAUAACCAAAAAAUUAUCUUUUGGUUAAAUUUUAUAUUUGAAGAUACUUCCUGUUCUGUUGAUGUUUUUAUAUGAACUCAAAAAAAUCUGCAGAUGAUUUUAAAAAAAUAGGAGAACAAUUAAAGUUUAUAUCUCACAUUGAUGUUAUCUUAUUAUGGUUAGGAGAAUUCUGGUUUAACUUACCUUGAUUGAGGCUUACCUUACAUUUUCUAGAAUUUUAAGUAAUGAGAACUUUUAGAUGCAUAUUUUAAAAAUGAAAAUUUUCAAGUACUACUGAGAAUCUUAACUAAAUCUGGAUCAAAAUACUUCUUUAGCCGUAUAUUCAUCUUUUGUCAUGUAAUCUUCCAUUUGUCAUUUUGUUUUCUGCUAUGUCAUUUCAACCGGUGUUGUGGGUUGAGGACUCAAAAUAAAACUGCCUAAGUGUUUUUUUAACAUGCCAACGUUUCGAUCUUUUAUUUGAUCUUUAUUAAGGCUAAAAUAUAUGGUACAUUAUAUCAAACGUUGAUGAAGAUAAACAAGUAAACAAAACAUUAUGAAAUUAAAUGUAAAACAAUAACCAGAUAGUGUAACUAUAUAAAUAUCUAUACAUGUAUAUAUAAAUGAAACAUUAACAAAUAAGAACAUUGUUGUAAAAAACAGAAGAACAAUGAAAAAGUCAUUUAAAGAAACCAAUACAUACACGUAUAAGUAAAAACCUGUGCAAACAACAUACCUUUUUAAAUUAUUAGACAUCAGUCAAAAGAUAAAAUACAUAUCCUGCAUGAAGAGAUGAUUUUCCUGUUAAUAUACAUCUAUCGGUGAAUGAAUACUUUCGAACUUUUCAAAUAUUAACAAAAGCAUGAAUGGUAAUAACUGUUUGAAUUAUUCUAACUAUUACCAUCAAGUACUAGUCUGGUCAGAGUGUGUUGAUUUAUAUUUGACUUUAUUUUGAGUCCUCGACCCGAAACACCAUUUGAAAUUAUAUUCUAGGAAGGUCAAUAAUUUCAACAAUGACGUUUUCUGCUAUAUUAUAUAAUUCUUUAUUAUAAUGAGUAAUAAUUCACCAUAUAAAAUUUUCAUCCCAAAUUUUUAAGAAUUAAAAAUAUGUUUCUUCUUAUUUUGUUUUAAAUUAUUGUUCUGAUAUAUAAGUAUUUAUUUGUUUCGAUAAGCAGUGGAAUACACUUUAUAAAAUUUUAUACAUAAAUAUAUACUCAGGGAAAUUUUAUUUGGAAAAAUAAAUUUUAUAAAUGAAUGCUUUAAAAUGAAAAAUUGUUUGAGAUCAUAUAAAAACAUUUGAAAAUUAAUAAAAUUACUACAAAUUUAUGUGCAUUUAUUACAAUUUAAUUACCUCAUUGUAAUUUGAUUUUACACUGCAUUAUACAAUAAUGAAAAAUUAAUAGUAAUAAUGUAUACAAUUGCCGGAAUAUAUUCUUGAUUAAUUUUCAAGCAAAUCGAUACAUCAACUACAUUUUACCAAACUUUUAAAUUUUAUGCAAUUGUGGAUAUGUGUGCAUUUAAAGGGUUAAUAAAAUGAAAGGAUGAAAAUGCUUAAAUUUAAUUUAGUUCUUAGAACACAAGUUUAAAAAUACACACAAAUACAAGGAAAUAUUUGACUCUUAAAGUAAUAAACACUUGCUUUGUUAUUGAUUAGAGUAAACUAAGUUGUGAAUGCGCUUAAAUUAAGAAUAAAAUACUUUUGAUAAAAUAAUUGACUAAAAUUGUAUUUACAAAUGUCUAAAUGUUUAAAUAACCUCAUUUAUUGUUAUCAUGCAGGUUUUUAUUAGUUCUCAAUUAAUACAAUCUAAAAUGCUUUCUAAAAUAAUCUUACUUACUAAAAAUAAUUUUUAUCAACGUAGUAAUAAUGUGAAUGUUUUGGGUUUCUUCUCUAGUUUUAUUCAAUGAACUAUAGAAAUUAAAUUGGAGCAUAUUAGAACAAUGCAGCUGUGUAUAAUGUACAAUUUCACUUAACAUAGUAGCGGACAAUUUCUUGCGGAGCAUAAGAAUACCAUUGUAAAAUAUUUAACUAAAUUAAUUCCAACCUAUCAGUCUGAAUUUCAGUAAAACGUCGCUAUAAAUUAUAAAAAACUUAACUGUAUUCUCAAUUGAGUACUUUAGUUUUUUAAACUCAAUUAAUUAAAAAGUUUAUUUGUCAGAAAAUCUAUAACAAAUAAUUUAACUUGAAAAAAAUUGUUAGGUCUUGCAGAAAAAAUUAAAUUCUGUUCUGCCAU